CAAAUUGCUACGUACAUUACAUAUAAGGGCAAUAACGUUAUUUUCCACUUGCAAAAAAACUUAAAUACCUUCUUCUUCUUCCCAUCUCACUCUCUCCUUAUUUACUCCUCACUCCUCUUCACUCCACUCCGGCCACUUACAUCUAUUUCCAAGCUCUCCCAUCUUGAUUUCCGUUGUCACCUCGUCUCGUGUUUCAUUUCAUCAAUGGGCCGGUCUCCGUGUUGUGACAAGAUCGGGCUGAAGAAAGGGCCGUGGACGCCCGAGGAAGAUCAGAAGCUCUUGGCGUAUAUCGAAAAACACGGCCACGGGAGCUGGAGGGCCUUGCCUGUCAAAGCUGGGCUUCAGAGAUGUGGUAAGAGCUGCAGAUUGAGGUGGACUAACUAUUUGAGGCCAGAUAUUAAAAGGGGAAAAUUCAGUUUACAGGAGGAGCAAACAAUCAUUCAACUCCAUGCUCUUUUGGGAAAUAGGUGGUCGGCCAUCGCGACCCAUCUGCCUAAACGGACAGAUAACGAGAUUAAGAAUUAUUGGAACACACAUCUGAAGAAACGUUUGGCGAAAAUGGGGAUCGACCCGAUCACCCAUAAGCCCAAAAACGACGCCCUUUUGUCCAAUGACGGCCAAUCCAAAAGUGCUGCCAAUCUGAGCCACAUGGCUCAGUGGGAGAGUGCCCGCCUCGAAGCUGAAGCCAGACUGGUCCGCCAGUCCAAGCUCCUGGGAGGUGGUGGCGGAGCUUCGGCCUCCGCCUCCUCAGGACCUUUUCAGGCGCAGAGCUCGGAGUUCGCCUCCACUUCGGCUCAGUUUCAAAAGCCAGGAGGCGCGGCGCGGCCGUGCCUCGACGUGCUCAAGGCAUGGACAGGCGGAGCAGCGGCGGCGGGUGUCGGCGGGGAGCUGGAGUCGCCGACGUCGACGCUGAGCUCGGCGGCGGGGGUGGGGGAGAGCUCCACCGCCGUGGUGGAGUCCGACAGCAGGCUCAUGAAGGAGGAAGGGGUGGAGGAGUGGAAGCAUCUGGCGGCGCUGCCGGAGGCGGCGGAGUGGGCGGCGGCAGGUGCCGAGCACGUGCCGAGCGGGAAUUUCGUGGAGAAGUUCACCGAUCUUCUUCUCAGCACGUCGUCGGGAGAUCGGCGAUUCUCCGACGACGGUGCAGAAUCCGAUAACGGCAGCGGCGGCGACGGCAGAAGCAGGGGCGGUGAUUAUUAUGAAGAUAACAAGAAUUAUUGGAAUAGCAUUCUUAAUUUGGUGAAUACUUCGCCAUCUGAUUCGCCGAUAUUUUGAGGGAUUAAUCAAUCUUCCAUUUUGUGUUUCAUCAAAUUCAAAUGUAGUCAUGUAGAGAUCAGUUUUUUUUUCUGGGUUCGACUAUUGUUAGAUUAAACUCUUUCAUAUUGUCACGUGCCAUGUUCAUACCUCCAUUUUCCUUAGAUUCUAAUAAAACUAAGCUUUAUUCAA